UGGAUGGAUGUCAUUGCCUUCACAAGUUUCUUGUCUUCCUAUACCUUUUAAUCCCAUGCAUCUUUUUCUUCUUCGCCUAAUUUUUUCCUUACUUUGUGUAUAAUUUACUUGGCUAGUCUCUUUAAUAUGGAUUUACAUACUGAUUGAAAUUUGAAACUAUUUUUCCAGUGAUCAUAAUUGAUUGAUUGAAGAAACAUCUUGGUUGAAAUUCUUUCUUUUGAUGUAGUGAAAGCUUUUAGGCAUUAUAUAACUACUACUCUUUUUAGUAAGCAACAGAAACAAUUAUCAAAAGAAUUUGAAGUUUUAAGUGUUGACUACAAUUGUAGAUGAAAAGUAUAAUACUGAUCGUUACCAUUAAUAUUAUAAGCAAUGGUUAAUUUUUUAAACAUGAAUAUCUUAUUAUAAGGAACCCAUAAUCUUCAUUUAACGAUGUCAAGUAUCUUUUUUAUUUUAGUUUUCCAGUAGAUCGAGUUUAUUUUGACGAAGUAAAUAACCAAUGUAUUUAUGUCACAAUCAAUGUGACAAAAUCUUAAGGAAAUGGAGUAUGAAAAUAUGAAAUAAUUUCCUUGAAUAGUCAACUAAAUUCAAAUCCGAGGGAAUGAAAAUUUCCCCUAAAAAUAAAUAAAAAAAUACAUUUUGGAAUGAAAUUUUAAUUUCCUCUAAAAUUUAAUAAAUAAAUGAAGUAUAAUUUAAAUUUAAAUUUGAAAAAUAAACUCAUUAUUAUCUUAUUGAGACCAAAAACAUAAAUAAUCUACUAUGUUCAUUUAUGGGCCGGCCCUUCUACCUCGCAAUUUAGACCCAAAAAGUUGAAGCCCAGCCCAUGAAGCCAUUGAGUAUGAGGGUUUUACUAUAAAAUCUUCUGCACCAACCCUUCUAUUACUCUUUCGAAGAAGGGCAAUCGACUUCCAUUAGUUUUUUCAGUACUGCCGAAGAAGAACAGCUGCAACAAUGGUGAAAUACUCGAGAGAGCCCGAUAACAUCACUAAAUCUUGCAAGGCUAGGGGAUCUGAUCUCAGAGUUCAUUUCAAGAACACUAGGGAGACAGCGCACGCCAUCAGGAAGUUGCCUUUGGGCAAGGCCAAGAGGUACUUGGAGGAUGUGCUUGCCCACAAACAGGCCAUACCUUUCACUCGUUUCUGUGGUGGUGUUGGGCGAACUGCUCACGCCAAGAAUAGACACUCUAACGAACAAGGUCGCUGGCCAGUGAAAUCUGCCAUGUUCAUCUUGGAUUUGCUCAAGAAUGCCGAAAGUAAUGCUGAGGUGAAAGGUUUGGAUGUGGAUGCACUAUUCAUUUCUCACAUUCAGGUUAACCAGGCCCAGAAGCAAAGGCGCCGCACAUACCGUGCUCAUGGAAGGAUUAACCCCUACAUGUCGUCACCUUGCCAUAUUGAGUUGAUUUUGUCAGAAAAGGAAGAGCCUGUGAAAAAAGAGCCCGAGUCGCAGUUGGCGACGAGCAAACCGAGGAAGUCUUGAGCAAUUGGCUAUUUGUUGGAUCAUAAUGUAGUUCAAGUUUUGAAAGUUGUUUUUUGGUCCACUUUGCUUUGAACUAUGUUUGGAUUUUGGAGAUUAAUCGAAAUUUUCUUAUGUGCUUAGAUAUGUAUUUUGGAUCCUAAAUAGCAUAUUUCUUCUUGGACUUCUUACUCGAUCU